AUGCCUCGCUCUUUCCUGGUCAAGAAGAUCAAAGCGGACGCCGCCUUCCAAGCCGGGUCCGGGUCCGUCACCCCGCCGCCUUAUCCGCCGCUGGAAACUUCGUACCCCGGGUGGGCGGGAUCCGCGAGAGCCGGAGACCCCGGUCCGAAAGACGGAUAUAUCCCAGCCUGCCUCCCAUCCUCAGGUUACAAAAAUGAGAAGAAGAAAACCCGCCGCCGGGGGGCCUCUCCGGACCCCCUUUACACCCCGAUCCAGGAGGACUACAGCGACCCCGAGAGCCCCCAAUCCAGCCUCUCGUCUCACUACUUCCAAGGUGAAGCGGCCGUCACCGAGAGCUACUCUAUGGACGCCUUCUUCAUCAUCGACGGGCGUUCCCGUCGGCGGGCCGAGGGUCCUCGUCGCGGGGCACACCGCCACGCCUGCACCGAAUGCGGCAAGACCUACGCCACCUCCUCGAACCUCAGCCGGCAUAAGCAGACGCACCGCAGCCUGGAUAGCAAGCUGGCGCGCAAGUGUCCGACGUGUAGCAAAGCGUACGUCUCCAUGCCGGCGUUGGCCAUGCACCUGCUGACGCACAACCUCAAACACAAGUGCGCCGUGUGCGGCAAGGCCUUCAGCCGGCCGUGGCUGCUGCAGGGACACAUGCGCUCGCACACCGGGGAGAAGCCUUUCGGCUGUUCACACUGCGGGAAGGCCUUUGCUGACCGUUCCAACCUGCGGGCGCACAUGCAAACCCACUCGGCGCUCAAGCACUACCGUUGCAAGCAAUGCCACAAGACUUUCGCUCUCAAAUCCUACCUCCACAAACACUACGAAUCUGCCUGCUUCAAAGGGCCGGAACACGCCUGCCCGGCGGAGAACUGACCCCCCCAAGCUGGGACAGGGAGGUUCCCACGCCUGCAGCCUCCUCCGGUUGUCCUGGGAUUUAUUCCCACGUCACACACACAAAAAAGGAACCUCGCUGGAGCUAGGAGGAUCCGUGGGAAGAAUCGGGAGGACACCGCGUUUACGGGGAACGGUCUUCAAAUGGAAGGCAAGCACUGCAACCUCAGCGAAACUCUCUUCCUAACACUCAGUAUCUGGGUUCACACAACAGGUUGAACCCAACGAAGUCAAGAUGGUAGAUACACCUGCCUAACCUGCUAAGUUUGGUUCGUAC